GAGAGGCUUUCAAAGGAUGCCUGGGUGAAGUAAGAAUUGGAAGUAUGCUUCUGCAUUAUUUCACGUACGAAGAGGUGUAUCAGAACGCCAAUUUUACACCUUUGGAAUACCUGGCACUGCAAGAAAAUAAUUCAACGUACCGCGACGUUAUUGGCUGUCAACUAUGCUUCGACUCCGAAUGCAAAAAUGACGGCUACUGUCUCGAUCAAGCGACCAGUUACAUCUGUGAAUGCCCACCAGGUUAUACAAAGGACGACUGUUCUUUCAACAUCGACGAAUGCAUUGAUAAUAAAUGUAAAAACGGAGCAACGUGCAUCGAUGGAAUUGCUAAUUACACGUGUGUGUGUAAUAGCGGUUGGCAGGGAUGGUUAUGCGACAGUGACAUAAAUGAGUGUGUAACGCUCAGCCCUUGUCAGCACGAUGGCGUAUGCCUAAAUCUUCCUGGCUACUUCCGCUGUGAAUGCCCCGAUCAAUUUACUGGUGAACGUUGUGAGAACUUCCGUCUGAUCACUUGUGAAAAUCAACCUUGCAAAAAUGGUGGCAGUUGCACGGAUGUUGUGAACACACAAACGGGUGAUAAUUUCACUUGUACUUGUACGACUGGUUACGAAGGUUCGAUUUGUGAUACUCCUUAUUGCAUCGCACAAAAGUGCCAAAAUGAUGGCAGA